CACGCCCCGCGAACAUCGCACGGUCAACAGUGUACGAGUGAAACUUGAAAGUGGAGUGAAAAUUUCCUGUGAAUUAUAAAAUUUGGUAGAAUUAAAUUGCAUCUCUGUCCGAUGACAAGAACGCAAUGAAGCGGAAUCGCGGCCUUCCGUUCGAGGACGAAGAGGGCGGCGCAGACCCGUGGAGCGACCUCGCGACACGACACCCCGAAAUUGCGGCGCACCUACGCCAACAUCAGCACCGACAUCCUUCUACCUGGGCGCGCAAACGACGUCCCUCCAGUCAAGACGCCGAAGAUUUCGGCGACAGCUUCGGCGGGUUCGCCGGCUUCCCCUUCGAAGACAUCCCGCGGUUCAGGGAGCACUUGCCCUCGCAUUGGAACCGCCCGUUCGGUCCCCGCGACGAGCAGCCGCCGCCGCCGCCCACCGCGCCGUCGCCGCCCCGGCAGCAGUCGGCCGCCACGCAGACGGAGCGCGCCCCGCCGCCCUCGAGCGCCCUGCCGCAGUACGGGCUGCGCAACACCGUCGACCUCGGCCGGAGCAGCGCCGCCGAGCCCCUCGCGUCGCCGCCGCGCGGCCCGCGCGCCAUGUCCGCGCCGCCCGAGGGCCCCGCCAUGAGCGACGAGCGCGCGCCCGCCGUGCGCCACAUCCCCAUCGUGGUGGAGGGCCGCGCCGAGCCGCUGUGCAACCGCGACGAGCCCUUCGCGGCCAAGCACCGGCCCGCGUUCCCCGACUGCUACGCCCGCGGCGCGUCCCCGCAGCGGUCGCAGUCGCCUCGAGCCCACGGCGAGUUUCGACAGAUACCGGUGCACCACGAAGACGGCGCCAGUCAUGCCAAAGGCCCACCGCAGCAGCAUCAACGGCAGCAGCAGCAGCAGCAGCAGCAGCAGCAGCAGCAGCAGCAGCAGCAAAGACCGCCGCAACAACAGCAACAGCAGCAACAACAAGCACCGCAGCCGCCUCCGGAGCAACCGACUUCUUCGCCGGCGAAGAGCGCGCCGUCGCCCGCAGACCCCAUUACUCAGAUUCUGACCAUCCAAACCGAAGUUCUGAAUCUUAUGACUGAAGUCGAAAAUUUUACCGGCACGAAAAAAGACAAGAAAUAUAAAUACCUCGAUGAGAUGCUUACUAGGAAUCUCAUUAAGUUGGACAAUAUCGAAACGGAAGGCAAAGAAAAUAUUAGGAACGCCCGCAAAGAGGCGAUCAAAUGCAUCCACAAGUGUAUUGCGGUUCUGGAAGCCAAAGCGGAAAGUAAUGACGUGCAAGCUCAGAAUGCGGACAUGAAAGCGGAGAACGGCGGGGUGGAAAUGAAGGAGGACGCCAAAGCCGCAGAGAACGGUGCAGUCGAGAUGAAGGAACCGUCCAAAGCGGAAAAGAAAACUGAAGAUCCCUCAAACGAGAAGCCGCAGCCGCAGGUCGACUUGCGAUCGUACGGCGAGGAGGACACAAAGAAGACGUCGGUUGAAAAGGCUGACACGGGCAUUAAAUCCACGAAAAAAAAACAAACGAAAGCGACAGACAAUGAUACUGCAGUAGAUAACGACGAUAACGCCAGUAAAAAUGUUAAAUCAGAUGAUAAGGAACAAAAACAUGAAGAAGCCAUGCAAGUAGACGAUAAGGUCAAUAAAGAAGAAGUGCAGUCGAUGGACGUUGAUGAUGCUGCUAGUCAAUAAAUUGUAGGUGCUUUAGUGAUUGUUUCGUUCAGAUAUACAAGUUGUAACCGCAUACGGCCUCGGGCGUGUCGCAGGGCGCUACCUUUUCUUUGUGGUAAUAUAUGCUAAUUUAACACAGGUGUUGACGUGUAUAGUGUUUGUUUGUACAUUUAUUACUAUUUUUAAACUAAGUAUAUUGUCCUUUGGGAUUUGAAAUGGUCUCCCUUAUUUAAAUCCUAAUUAUAAUGUAAAUUAUUGUUUAUCAACUUGAUAACACAACUUUCAAUAAAUGAUAU